UUCAUCACAGAUGACUAGAACAGCCUUCAGAGUCUCUCAGAUUCCUGGACAAGAAACCCAGCCUGGUGCUUGCAGAAAGCCCCAAAGGGAUCUUGCUUGGCACCAGGGACAGCGAGGCUGAGGAAUGCUGUGACAGAGCCACACACAUGUCUCUGCUGGAGCCACGGACAAAGAGCUCUGCACUGCUCAGGACAUGCCAGCUGACUCCGGGGAAGCCAUGGUGGGGAAUCCCAAGAUGGGGUCUUGCUCUGUUGCCCCAGUUGGUCUUGAACUCCUGGGCUCAAGUAAUCCUCUCACCUCAGCCUCCUGAGCCAGCAAGUUCUCUAUGUGCUGUUUCCUCUCUUGCAAUGGUGGCCUUGCUGCUGCUCUUCCAAGAAGCACAUACCCUGUUCCCCGGGUCUCCCAUUAAAGGCCUUAUGCCUCUAGGCAGAAUGGUGCCAUCUCAGGUGGGCUCCAUAGACAGUUUAAAACGCCAGCCAAGCGGACCAAGCUCUUUAUGCCAGAGUCCAACCAUGGGCCUCUAACUCCCACAUCAUUCGCUCUGCCCUGUGCUUUCCUCAGAUUCCGGGAAGCCUGAGGACCUCAUUCAGCCGGACGAUGCGAUUUACACCUGGCUUUGAGGAAAAGCAGGGACAUGGGAAGACCAGAGCAGCUUUCAGAAUUAGCUUUUGUUAGUAGAAAGACCCUGGAUUUAAAGCCAGAGGACAAGAGUUUUGGAGAUAACAGUGCUGCUGCCCCUUAGUGCUCGGAAUUCUGCUACCCUUACUCUCAUCUGUAAAACAGAAGAAAUAAGCUCUGCCCACAGGACUGGUGUCAAGAUGAACUCAUGUAAACGUAUCUAGCUCGGCACCUUGGUUUCAUAAAUAUUAGACUUUUUCUCACAUGGACAAGUGCUUUGGGAACCAGAAAGCCCGAUAAAGCAUGGCUUAUGAUGAAAACGAGAUCAGGGUGUUGACAGAAAGUAUGUUCAAACGUCUUCGGAAAUGGGUCGUCACUCGCUUUUUUGGGCAUUCUCGGCAAAGAGCAAGGCUAGUCUCCAAAGAUGGAAGGUGCAACAUAGAAUUUGGCAAUGUGGAGGCACAGUCAAGGUUUAUAUUCUUUGUGGACAUCUGGACAACGGUACUUGACCUCAAAUGGAGAUACAAAAUGACCAUUUUCAUCACAGCCUUCUUGGGGAGUUGGUUUUUCUUUGGUCUCCUGUGGUAUGUAGUAGCGUACAUUCACAAAGACCUCCCGGAGUUCCAUCCUUCUGCCAAUCACACUCCCUGUGUGGAGAACAUUAAUGGCUUGACCGCAGCUUUUCUCUUUUCUCUGGAGACUCAAGUGACCAUUGGAUAUGGAUUCAGGUGUGUGACAGAGCAGUGUGCCACUGCCAUUUUUCUACUUAUCUUUCAGUCUAUACUUGGAGUUAUGAUCAAUUCUUUCAUGUGUGGGGCCAUCUUAGCCAAGAUCUCCAGGCCCAAAAAACGUGCCAAGACCAUUACAUUCAGCAAGAAUGCAGUGAUCAGCAAACGGGGAGGGAAGCUUUGUCUCCUAAUCCGAGUGGCUAAUCUCAGGAAGAGCCUUCUUAUUGGCAGUCACAUUUAUGGAAAGCUUCUGAAGACCACAGUCACUCCUGAAGGAGAGACCAUUAUUUUGGACCAGAUCAAUAUCAACUUUGUAGUUGAUGCUGGGAAUGAAAAUUUAUUCUUCAUCUCCCCAUUGACAAUUUACCAUGUCAUUGAUCACAACAGCCCCUUCUUCCACAUGGCAGCGGAGACCCUUAUCCAGCAGGACUUUGAAUUAGUGGUGUUUUUAGAUGGCACAGUGGAGUCCACCAGUGCUACCUGCCAAGUCCGGACAUCCUAUGUCCCAGAGGAGGUACUUUGGGGCUACCGUUUUGCUCCCAUAGUAUCCAAGACAAAAGAAGGGAAAUACCGAGUGGAUUUCCAUAACUUUAGCAAGACAGUGGAAGUGGCGACCCCUCACUGUGCCAUGUGCCUUUAUAAUGAGAAAGAUGCUAGAGCCAGGAUGAAGAGAGGCUAUGACAACCCCAACUUCAUCUUGUCAGAAGUCAAUGAAACAGAUGACACCAAAAUGUAACAGUGGCUUUUCAACAGGAGUAAAACAAAGUCUCUAAAGUUCCUAGUGGCUAGAAGCAUUAUGAAGCAGUCAACAAUUCAGGGGUACAAACGUAGGAUGAGAGCUUUCAAAGUCUACCAGCACAAUGACCCCUGAGCCUCGCAAUUGUGAUCCCACAAGACAUGCAUCUCUACAAGGCUACUGUAUUAGAAAGUGCAAUGCAUUUAUAUGAAACUGGCAUAUGGGAGCCAUAGGUGCUCACUUGGAAUCUUAAAUAUGAUUAUUUGAGCUCAUAUAAGGUUGAUGGGAGCAGACAAAAUUAGCAAAAGUUUCAUGGACAGGCCGAAUAUUUUUUAAAGUUUCCUUAAAGAAGUUACAAACUUUAGAAAGGCUCAGGGAAGAAGAAUAAUCUCAUUUUGAUUCUACUGAUAAGAAAGACUCCACUUUUAUUUUAAUGUGGACUUUUACUCAAAGAAAAAUCGUCUCCUAAUUCGGGGAGACGAACCAACCAAUCAACGACAAUAAGAAAAUGCUUACACAAGGAACAAUUUGAGGCUCUAAGCUUCUCAUGUGGUACAUUUAGACAGAGGCUAAAUCUACACACUAGAAUCUUGAUAAUACCUUCCUGUAAGACAGAAUGCUUUAGUUAAAAGUGGUGAUGAUAUUUCUUUCAAUCUGUAUUGGAUGGCUUAAAGGGCUAUAAAACUGUUUAUAAAGAGCAUUUCCUGUUCUUCCAAGACAGCAAUGAGGAGUUGGAAGGUGCAAAGUCAGUAGAGAAGGGAAUGUAUCAUUAAUGCACCUGAGAAGAAACAGUUUCAUGUGUUUCUCCACCUAGAGUUGGUACUGGAACGCUGUUUCUAAAGAAGAAGUGGGAAAGAGAGAGGAAUGGGAUGGAGCCCCACAGUCAGAAUGUUACUAGGUCUUUCUUUCCCUGGGAGCCCAUCUUCCUAAAAGGGAUCAGCUUAUGGAAAGAUCGACCUUGAGGGGAAGGUUCUACUGUGAAAGUCUUUUUCACAGCCCCACCUGCAUCAUUUUGAAUGUAUCCUGGAAAAAAGCUGGUACUCAAAGCUGCUUAGGAAUCAAAUGUUUUCUGUGUGUUGAUUAAUAUAGUAAAUUUCUGAAACUGUG